AUGUCUCUGACAACCGACCCCGAUCCUUCCGGCGGCUGCCCAGCCUUCAUCCCCCUCGAAGCGAACCCUCAACUCAUGACCACGCUCAUCCACAAGCUUGGUAUCUCUGACGCUCUCGAGAUGCACGACGUCUACUCCCUGACAGACCCCGACCUCCUUGCUUUCAUCCCUCGCCCAGCGCUCGCUCUUCUUCUCGUGUUCCCCGUUAGCGCCGUGUACGAGAGCCACCGCAUGGCAGAGGAUAGCUUGGCCGAUGAAUACAAGGGCAAGGGAGAUACAGAGCCCGUCUUGUGGUGGCCUCAAACUAUCAAGAAUGCCUGUGGUAUGAUGGGUCUUCUGCAUGCUAUCACAAAUGGAAAUGCACGAAACUUCAUCCAGGAGGGAUCUACCCUCGAUACCAUCGUCAAGAAGAGCAUGCCUCUCGAUCCCCACGGCCGCGCAAAGGUUCUCGAAUCCACACCUGAGCUCGCGACUGCUCACAAGGAGGCUGCUACUCAAGGAGACACGCCUGCGCCCGCUGCCGAUGACGAUGUAGAGCUUCACUACGUUUGCUUUGCCAAGGGAACCGAUAAUGGACUUUGGGAACUCGAUGGACGACGAAAGGGACCUAUCCGACGAGGUGACUUGGAAGAGAAUGAGGACGUGCUGAGCUCUAAGGGUCUGACACUGGGUGCUCUCAAGUUCUUGGAGCGCGGUGGUGCGGAUUUGAGAUUCAGCGCUGUUGCGCUCGCUGGAUCUGUUGAUUAG